AUGACCAUUGUUCCCGUAACUGUGAGUUUGCAGACGUCCAUUGAGCACCAACAAAAGGGACCUUCGCCGAUUACGGUUAUUAAACUUGAAAGCGUGGCAAAUAAAAUGUUGCUCAAACUGGCCUUAAACCUUGUCUUGUGUUUCACUGCGGUGAUCGUUCAUUGCGAGGCAAAAGUCUACUCGAAAUGUGAGUUUAUAAAAGCCUUGCGCCAAGCAGGAAUACCCAACGACCAACUGAACACUUGGUCCUGCAUCGCCUCCCACGAAUCCGACUACAACACUCGGUGCAUCAACCACGACACGAAAGACUUUGGCAUCCUGCAGAUCAGCGGUCUCUACUGGUGUAGCCAGAGCGACCGACCCGGAAACAAAUGCGACAUCACCUGCAACAGCCUGCUCAGCGAUGACAUACACGAGGACAUUGUCUGUGCGAGAAAGAUUUGGGAAAUCAGCGGCUUCGGGGCUUGGGUCACUUACAAAUAUUGUAAGGGGGAUGUUAGCCAAUAUGGAUGCAAACUCCACAUUUCCAUUGACUUACAUACACAACACUUAAUCAUGAUUCCAACGUUGGCCCUGACUCUUGCAGUCCUCGCCAUCACACCAAUCGAAUCGAAAUUCUACUCGAGAUGCGAGUUCGCCCAGUACCUGUCCAAUUACGGAACACCCAGAGACCAAAUCCCGACGUGGUCCUGCAUCGCGUCCCACGAGUCCAACUACAACACGCAAGCCAUCAACCCCGACUCCGGCGACUACGGCAUCCUGCAAAUCAGCAAGAAGUACUGGUGCAGCGACAGCAACACACCCGGAAACGGAUGCGGGAUCACCUGCGACAGCCUACUCGGCGACGAUAUCGCUAUUGAUUUGGACUGCGCCCGGAAGGUUUACGAUGAUAGACAGUCUUGGGCUGGGAACGGAUUCACCGCUUGGACCACUUACCCCGAGUGUCAAGGGGACAAUUCGCAAUAUGUUGCUGGGUGCAACUAUUAAACUCGUUUUGUAGAACAAUAAAAGCAUGCAAUGGACCGUAAA